CAGUUCCGCUCGAGUACUGGACUGCUGCCUAUCCGUGGUCUCAGGCAGAGCUGCAUCUGCUCCUAAAUUCUAGCUGUCGUCGAUGUUUGCGGGUCGAAUAUAGCGGCGAGGAGGAUCGCCAGUCGCGGUUUCGAUCAUUAAGAACGUGUAUCCCGCGACAUAUCUAUGCCAGAGGACUCGGCCCAUGCGCAAGCGAUAGCAAGUUAUGCUAAUUUCGUGCGGGGGAACUAUUUCACUGUGGCCGCGAGAGCUUUAUUCCUCUGGGACUACCUUGUCACUCUCGACAUGGAGGUCAACUACGUGUGGGGACAGAAGCUAUCAGCGGCCUCGGGCCUCUUCAUUCUCAAUCGCUACACAAAUCUCUUAAUCACUAUCUUAGAGCUCAUUGAACAGGCUCCAUUCGAAACGCCGCAGAGCUGCACUCCGGUCAUACGCGUACUGCAGUCAAUGCUAGUGUUUGCCUCGCUCAUUGUGGCCGUAUUUGCAGCGCUCCGUGUUUACGCUACGUGGUCACGAGAUUGGCGUCCAGCACUGGUGGUACUAUUACUGGCCUUGGUAGCGCCGUUUGCAAACUUGUAUUUGGACAUCGUCGGGACACCCAUACCUGCUCCACAUCCCUCGGUUGGAUGCGCUAUCUUGACGAGCAUCAGCCCGGGUACCUACAGCCAGUUUGUCAUUGCCUCGCGAGCGACAACGACAGUGUACGAUGCUCUGGUGCUCAUUUUGACGUUCCUGAAGACCGCGCACUUCCGUAAAUCGAUCACAUCGUCUGGCGGCAGGAUCGGUCUAUCAGCACUUCUUCUCCGCGAUGGUGAGCGUCCCACUCUGCGUGACGUUUCAAGUACAACUAACUAUACUGACCCUGCAGGUACAUUAUACUUCUUCAUAUUAUUCACUAUCAACAUCAGCCAGAUCGUGGUCGCCGCAAAACAACCGGGAAACAACUUCAUCGCUUUCUUCGUAUCCCC